AACAUCUCCUUUCCCCACGUCCUACAUGGUUAUUUUCUGAUCCCUCCGUUGAAGUCCUGGGUUUUAUCGCCACUGUUGUGUCUUUUUCUUUCUUCAGAUCAAGCCAGUCUCAAACUUAAAAACUUUCACGUCAAAAACAACUCAAAAAAUUUUCCAGGCAUCGUCAACUUUAAUCCCAUUCUUCGAAAAUGAAACUCACCCUUUCUUUUAUCUCUUUUUCUUUAACCAUCUCCUCCUUAAUAAUUCCAUCCCAUGCAUCAUCUUCUUCGCUUCCUUCCAAUUCCUUCCUUGGAAUUGCUCCUCAAGAUGAAGAUUACUUCAAAGGAGAGAUAAUAAAGUGCAAGAAUGGAUCAAAGACGUUCACAAAAACCCAACUCAAUGAUGAUUUCUGUGACUGUUCAGAUGGCACUGAUGAGCCAGGAACAUCAGCCUGUCCACAAGGAAAGUUUUAUUGUAGGAAUGCUGGGUAUUCUUCUUCUUUGCUGUUUUCCUCCAGAGUCAAUGAUGGCAUUUGUGAUUGCUGUGAUGGGAGUGAUGAGUAUGAUGGUAAAGUGAAAUGUCCUAAUACAUGCUGGGAGGCUGGCAAAGUAGCCAGGGACAAGUUGAAGAAAAAGAUUGAAAUGUAUCACAAAGGUGUUGCCUUGCGGAGAGAAGAAAAUAAGCAAGCAAAACAAGCAAUAGCCAGAGACAGAGAAGAAUUGUUGGCACUGAAAAAUGAAAAGGACGUUCUUGAAAAUCUUGUUAAGCAGCUCGAAGGGCAAAUUCAGAAGUUGGAGCAGGAAGAGCACCUAGAGAAAGAAGAGAAGAUGAAAGAAGCUUCAAAUGAGAAAGUUGAAAAGGAAAAGAAUGAAACUGAGGAGAAAGUUGACAGCCAAAAAGAACCUUUGAAAACAUCAGAUGAGGAGAAAAUGGGGCUGUCAUGGAAAUCUCCAUCCAAUCAGAAUGAGAAAGAUGAAUUUCAAAGUACUGAAGGAUUGUCUAGAGAAGAGCUUGGUCGUCUCGUUGCAUCACGCUGGACUGGGAAAAAGACUGAGGACCAAGUUGAGGAGAUUGAUACAGCUAAAAGGGACUAUGUAGGCAACAGGGAGAAAGAAGAGAGUGCACAUGAUGAACAUUCGAUUAAUAAUGCUUUACGAUUCAAUGAAAAUACUCAAAAGCAUCAUGAGAAAGGCAGAAAUGAUGCUGGAGAUGAAGAGUCUGUAGCAGAUGAUGUUGGUAGUUCGAGCACCCACUACAACAUUCGCUUAGAAGAUCGUGAGAACUCCUCAGAUAUAGCAACUCCAAGCCAUCAAUCUUGGUUGGUUAAGAUACAAGAAACUGCUCAGAAUAUACUACAGUCAGUUAACUUCUAUCCAACCCCUGUCCCUAAUUUAGAUGCAAAUCAGGUUCGGAAUGAGUACAAUAACUACACUACAAGAUUGCAUGAUAUAGAGUCAAGGAUUUCAAGUUUGACAGAAAAGGUCAAAUAUGAUUUUGGAAUAGAUAAUGAAUUCUAUUUAUUCUAUGAUCGUUGCUUUGAGUCAAAGCAGGACAAGUAUGUGUAUAAAGUUUGUCCAUUUAAACAUGCAAUACAAGAGGAAGGCAGGAGUGAAACCCGAUUGGGCAACUGGGAGAAGUUUGGGAGUUCAUAUAGAAUGAUGCUGUUCUCAAAUGGAGAUGGAUGCUGGAAUGGACCUGAUAGAAGCUUAGAGGUCAAGCUAAGGUGUGGACUAAAAACUGAAUUAACUAGUGUGGAUGAACCAAGCCGCUGCGAAUAUGUUGCUCUCAUGUAUACCCCUGCCCUUUGCCUAGAGGAAAAGCUCAAGGAACUUAAACAGAAACUAGAAUCAAUGAACAGAGAACAACCAUGGAGUCAUGAUGAGCUUUGAUUUGCCAACAUCUACUUAAAUCCCGAGUGGCCAACUGAUAUCUUUGUCUAUGAGCUAACUUAAUGUAACAGCUGUAGUUUCUCCAAAGAGUGGAUCAGAAGCUUGUCUAUGAGCUAACUUCAUGUGACAGCUGUAGUUCUCCCAAAGAGUGGAUCAGAAACUUGAAGCAGAUUGCAAUUUGCAAGAGAUACACCAAAUAGUUUACCUUCUUAACUUCCGACAACUGUUAGUAUCAUGUAAUUUUUUGUAUUUCUUUUGCGGCUGAGAAACAGGAUCAAGAUUUUUGUCGUGCCUAAUAGGUUAGACGGUGUUAGAUUUCCUAGAAAGACGUGUAUCAUUUGUUUCGAACUCCAUAACAUUCUCUCCGGGAACAAGAUGAGCUAGGCUAAUUUUGAAAAUACAAGAAUUGAGACUUGAUAUCAUGGUCUUGUCUUCGUUUCCUAA